AUGGGGAACUGGCAGCUCCUCAGUGGAUCUGCCUGGAAAGCCCGGUGGACAGCCAAUUUUGUCUCCAGAGCCAGUUUACUGCAUGACAGUGUGAGCGCUAGAGAUAAAAAGGAACAAAGGAGGGAGGGCUGGACUGUUCUUCUUGUGACACUGUGGUGUUAUGCCAGAUUAAAGUGUAGGCACAGCUCAGAAGAUAAAAUAACUGUCCAUUUCAUAAAUCGUGAUGGUGACAAGCUAACAGCCAAAGGAAAACCUGGGGAUUCACUGCUGGAUGUUGUUGUUGAUAAUAAUCUAGACAUAGAUGGUUUUGGUGCGUGUGAAGGAACGCUAGCCUGUUCCACUUGUCAUUUAAUCUUUGAAGACCACAUAUUUGAGAAACUAGAUGCAAUUACUGAUGAAGAGAUGGACAUGCUGGACCUGGCAUAUGGCCUCACAGAAACAUCACGUUUAGGCUGCCAAAUCUGCUUGAAGAAGUCAAUGGAUGAUAUGACUGUUCGAGUACCAGAAGCUGUUGCUGAUGCUAGACAAUCAGUAGAUAUGAGUAAAAACUCCUAAAAGAAAGUAUCUUGGGGGUUUUAAAGAAGUCUAAUUAUUUUUAUAACUUAUUUUUAAAUGUGUAAUUAAAUAUGGAAACUUACAUAAUUGUGAGUUAUUUUAUAUGACUAUCAAUAUUAGAUUAAUGCUAUUUUAAUUUUCUUUAUAGAACCUCCUAUAUUUUUACGCUUAAAAUGCAAUAAUACUUCUUACAAGUGAUCAUCGGAUUAUAAACAUUAGCAGGUGUACUAUGGAUUUCAUAUAACAUUAUUCUGCCAAAACUUUCAAUGACAUUUGAGAACUUGAUCACUUCUACAAGACUUCUAAAAAAGCCUGAGCAUUUCUAGGUUUCAGAUCUGGUGUAUGAGAGAACAAAACUUGUCAGACUGCUUGGGGUCUUUUUAAAGUGUUGUUAUUAAAAAAAGUAUGCUUGGAACUAAUUCACAUUCUCAGUAAAUACCAUACUUCCUCAGCAAAUAGUGGAUUUCCAGACUAGGGUUUUGCCAAACUUUGUCACAUCUUGUUAAGAUUCCAAAUUUUAUCUUGCAAAAAUAGUGUUAAAACCAUUAAAUCUAGGGGCUGAUACAGAAUGUUAGCACCUGCAGCUUUACUGUUGCAGUGCAUCUCUGUUGCCCAAAUGAGAAGUCAAUAAACCUCAACUGUACUUACGUUUGACUACACCACAAACAUGGGGAUAUACACGUGGCUUAGAUAGUAAAGCCUGGGAGCUGUCUAAUAGCAGAGUGUAACCACUGGAGGUAACUGUAAAUUCUUGCUGUUCUCUGAAGAUGGCUGAGUUGGGAUUGAAGAGGGCAAUGUUUGCCAACAUAAGAUUUGUUCUGAAAUCUUUAUCCUUCUUUCAGUUUUGAGCUUGUACAGAAGCUCAUCAGUUCAGAACAUCAUCAGUCUGAUGUUAGCUAGGGCAUUCAGCUUAAAGAGAUUCCCAGAUUCUGGGCCUUGUUUUCAGGAUCACUUCAGUAAUGGCUGAUAUGAAAUGGCCAAGUAUAUUCCAUAAUGAUGGACUAGGUUCAUCAGAAGGGAUAGGGAGACCCCCAUGGUGGCAUAGCAUCUGGACUGAUGAUCAAGAGCUUUCAGGUGGAUCUUGUUUUAGUCUUUCUAAAGUAGACCAAAAUAAAAUGAAGUCUCUGAGAGUCUUAUUCUCUCCAGUUUUUGUUGCCUAAAUACUUAAAUGAAAUGAUUGUCACCAAUACAGUAGUUGUUACCCUUAUAAGGUUAUUUUAUAAUAUUUUGAGUGUAUUUACAUAACAUGUUUGUUUACAUUUGAAUGAUCUAAUGCAUUCAUUAAUGCCUUAUUUGAACUGGUGACAGUGACAUCUAGACCUCUUUUCCUGCAUUAUAUUUAUGGGAGGAAAAACACACUUUUUCCAGUGUUUAAUAUUGGGAUUUUUUGAGCUUUAUAACAGAAGUUGUCCCCCUUUUUGUUAUAAAAAGAAAUGUUUUCUAGAACUGUAUGGAAAAUAGAUUUAGUUCAGAUUCUUUGAUUUUCCUCUCUGAGUAGCACUUACUUUGUUUUCUGGUUGCUUUGGACUUUCCCCUAAAACAAGAUACACUUCAUGUGGUCUGCUCAGAACGUAAUCAUACAGGGCUCUUGGAAUACAAUUCCUAUCUCAUCUAAUCCAAAAUAUGACUUCAAAGUUGAAAUUUCCUGGCUUUUUGAAAGACAAAGAGAGCAAGGUCGGGGAGAAGGAUGGAAAUUGAAGACACAUUCCGAAGAUACUGCUGUCUUCUUCUCCAACUGCCGUGGCUCUAACCAUAAUUUAGAAGUUACCCUCCCACAAUCAGGCACUAAGGUAAAUCAGUUCUCACUUUGUAUUGCUUUUGUCCUAGGUUCAUUUAUAUACAGUAAUUAUUUUUAAAUCUUGAACUUCUUUUAACGUGAGACACAGCUCUAGCUUCCAAUAGAGGAAACUCAGGUCAUAACCAGAUGUACUGUGCAUUUCUACAUCAGAAAGAACUCUGAGGUUUCAGUAUAGCUGUGGGAUUUAGGGGUAGAUCUUGGUUUGUGUUGGGUUUUGGGGUUUUCUUGGGUUUUGUUGUGUUUUUUUGUUGUUUGUUUUUACGUAAAGCACCAGUCACUACUUGUGGGAAUCUUGAAGCUCUUAACACUGUUAAACAAAUGUGAAACAGCUCUCAUGCAACAGUUCUUUCUAAGCCAAGGUUGUUACAUUGUGCAUUUCCUGUGACAGCUUAUUACAAAGACUUUGACUCUCCUAUAGUGUGCUUGUGGAAGGAAUUAUUUAGCACAGCACAGCAAAAAAGGACACUUCAAAGUUCAUUUUGAAUUCUAGAGGUAUCCCAUAUUGCAUGCAAAUGGAAAUCUCAGAAAGCAAAGGAACUAACAUGUAAUCCCCAAAAUGCACAGCUCAGAGAUACCUGUUUCGUUAUUGUCAAAAUGAUUUGCAAAUAAAUCUUAUUUUAUACCACUUUGUGA